AAACAAAACUGACACAUCAAACUGACAGUUCAUUGACUUUUAUUUCAAAUUCUUUAAAUGUGACACGAAAGAAAAAUUUGCAUCCAAUCCAUACUGGUCCAAUUUCGACAUCAUCUUAACCCCAGCGUAAAAUUCCAAAUUGCCGAUAUGAGCGACGUGCUACAAUACGAAGACAUCAACGAUUUCAACGAAUCCGCCGACAACGAUGACAGAAAAUUCGCCGUCAUCAUCGGGUGCAUCGAAGAGAUCAUCGUCAACGAAAACUUCAACAAUCUCAUGGACGACUUUUUCGACAAUUACACGGUGACGCCCGAAAACGAAAAGUUAAUUUACGAAAAAUACAUCGCCACCGUCAAGAAAUACAUCGAAGAACAACUGAGGGGUAAGCUGGUGAAUUUCGAAAUGGGUAAAUUCGAGGAGGAGUUGAACAAGAGGAAACACGAAGUCGAAGAUGAUGUCUACGAAAUUUUGGCUUCCUUCAAAGAUUUCGAAACGUUCAAAAAUUUUUAUUACGAGUACAUCAGGGAUUUGAAAGAUAGGGUGGCGUCAGAUAUUUCAGUGGGGGCUGUAUCGAUUUUGAGUUAUAAUAACUCGUGAUUUUGUUGGUUUUUCCUUAAAUGAACUGUAUCGAGAAUAGCUGUUUUGUAACUGAAGGUAGAAAUGCCUGAAAUAAAAUUGACGUGAUGUAAGUUACCGACUCUUUUUUACUUUAAUAAUAAUAAUAAAAAAAAUAUAAAGUGAAUAAUCAAAAAUCGGUUAGA